CGUCACUCUUAAACUACGACCGACAAUCGACCACUAUAGUAUUUAAUAUUGUCAUAAUCGACUCACACGUGGAGUCGAGAGCGCGCCUCGACUCACAUCACUACUCGACACUCGCGUCAAAGUUGGCGCGAAACGUAUUUCUUUUUUUUUCAAACUUCGAAAUUCGAACGUCUUUUUUUUCUUUUUUUUAUUCGAACGUUUGUUGUGAUUUUGUAGUUGUUGUUUUUUUUUGUUCAUAUAUGGAAUAUAGUUUAAGGAGUUUUUAAGUGAAAGAGUUGUGUCGUGUUAGAAAAAAAAAUGAAAACUUUCUUGUUUAUAUUUUUGGCUGGGUAUGCUGUGAGGUGCGAUGACUUGAACUACUACGUGGUACAGAUGCCAGAGAAUGACGUUCCAACGAAAGAGUUCAACGUAUACUGGAACGCGCCCACAAUGCAGUGCAAAUCCAAAGGAAUCCUCUUCGACGACCUGUACGAAAAGUACGGAAUUAUUCAGAACACCGACGAUACAUUUAGAGGGGACAAGAUCUCCAUACUUUAUGAUCCUGGCGACUUCCCUGCCUUACUAAGGAACAGUACUAGUGGGGAGAUUAAGUACAGAAACGGUGGAGUGCCGCAAGAAGGAGAUCUCAUUGAACAUCUGGAUACGUACCAACAAGUUCUUGAGCAAAGUAUUCCGGAUAAGGACUUCAAUGGUGUUGGUAUAAUAGACUUCGAGUCGUGGCGGCCGGUGUUCCGGCAGAACUUCGGCGACCUGACGCCGUACAAGGACAUGUCGUACGAGAUAGAGAAGCAGCGGCACUGGUGGUGGAAGAAGGAGUGGAUACAGGAAGAGGCUAAGCGUCGGUUCGAAGCAGCUGGUCGCGAGUUCAUGCAGGCGACGCUUGCUCUGUCGAAGAAGAUGCGGCCGCGAGCUAUAUGGGGGUACUACGGGUUCCCAUACUGCUUCAACAUGGCGUCCAACAACAUGAAGGAGACCUGUGCUGAUAAGGUGAAUCAGGAGAAUGAUAGGAUAAGUUGGCUCUGGCAGGAGAGCACAGCGCUGUACCCCUCGGUGUACAGCUCAGCGAGCCUCUCCACGCGGCAGCUGGCUGCUCUCAUCCGCGGCAGGGUGAAGGAAGCCGCCAGGAUGGUCAGGGGGGGAGCACCCAUACUGCCCUACUUCUGGUACCGGUAUAGAGACAGUGGGUUCUUGAAUAAGACGGACUUAUAUGUAGCCUUGAACACGUUUUACAAGUCAAACGCAUCAGGCUUCAUUAUAUGGGGCAGUUCCAAUGAUGUGAAUACUGUAGACAAAUGUAAUAAGCUUAGAGAAUACGUCACUAGUGUAUUAGGACCAGCUAUAGCUAAAUACACUAAACAAAACAUGAGACAAGGUGAUGAUCCAGAAGUAAUACUAGGAGCUAAUUCUAAUCCAAAUAAUUCCACUACAUUCGAUCCAGAAUUCAACUGGAUCCCACCAGAAAAUUACACUCAAACUAUAGAAGAAAUUGUAGAUAAGGAACUUAAAGAAGAGAAGGAGAUAGGACAUAAGAAUGUUACAGAAAGUAUUCUAGUUGAUAUGAUAUUGAAUAAUAUAGCUGAUAGCUGUGGCGAUGGCUGUGAUAGUGCUAGUAAAGAUAUACCGACUGAUGUUAAAGAAGAAGAUGCUGAUGUGAAAGAGAUGAAAGAAGAUGGUGCAACGAAUGAGUCCCAGGUUGUUGUGGUAGUCACUGAGGAUCCUUUUAAGAAGAAUUCUAGUGUGGUCGCAGUGACUGCGCCAACCACAACAGAAGAAGACACUUACGAUUACGACGUAAAUGCUACAGGGGAUGUCAAUAUAGAAAACAUAGUAGAAAAUGUCGAAUAUAGUGAUAUUAGUACAACUAGCAAAGAUAGAGAAAUUAUUAGUACAACCGCUAAGAGUAUUGAAGAAUAUAUUACAACUAGUGCAAGCACGGACACAAGUACUUAUAGCGUAAGUAGAGAAGACACUACAGAAGGGAAAGAAGAAAGUAGUACACUACAUACAAGUACUGCUGACACAGAAGAAAGUAGUACACUGAAUACAAAUACUGCUGAUACAGAAGAAAGUAGUACACUCAGUACAAGUACUGCUAACACAGAAGACUUUACUUUGAGAAGUGAACAAAAUAAUGUCAUAGAAACAAAUAUAGAAGAAGAAAGCUAUAUAGACAGUACUACAGUCAAUACAACUAAUGCAACUACCACAGAAUUUAAUAUUACCACGUAUAGUACAACUAGUUCUAAUGAAGAAGAGGCUACGACUACAAUAGAAAAUGAACUUUAUUCGACUGUGAAUAAGACAGAGGAUACAGUGAGUGAUAGCAGCACAACGUUGGCACCGGUGUCGACAGAACAGGUUGUUGUUUCAGUUGUUUAAGGUGUCGGGGUCUGUGUCCAGAGCUAUCGACGUAAAGCCGAUCGUGUGCACUCUAUUCUAUAUCUACUCUGUGACCAAAUGUCUCUGUCUCGUAUUCGGAACGUGCUAAGGUAGUGGCUAACGAAUGCAAUUUUCAACUCUAAAAGCUUGUGACGAAAGUACAUUUUACUUUGAUGUUGAAUAUGGAUUUAGGAUCUUUUUAAAAAGAGGAAAGUGUGGUUGUAUUUUUGUAAAGGGAAAUGUUCUUUAUGACGAUGAUAAUAAGGUUAAUAUUGUGUUACAUAUUUUUGUACGAAUCUCCUUGAUCGAAUAUUUUUCUAAGUCUUAGGUUUAAGGUAAAAAUCAAACCAUCACGUAUUAAUAAUAACUUGUCCCAAUCAUGUACUUAUUUUCAUAGACGCCUAACUUCAAAGUACCCUAAAAUAUCACAAUGGAUUUUCAACUCUAUUCCAAAACGAUAAAGUUGAAAUUCAUCUGAAUAUUGGAGAUUUUAGAUUAGUAUUAAUUUGCAUUUAGUAGUGCCUGAUUUCUAGUGCCUCAGAUCAAAAAUUGCUUAAAACAUAAAGUUACGUUACGGGUAUAAACAAAGUAAAUAAAAUGUUAGAUCUUUAUUUUACAAUAAAUCUGAUUAACGUUUAGUUAGGUUUUGACUCGAAUAUAUCUAAACACAUUCUAAUUGUGUUUAUAUUAUACAGUGAAACCUCGUUAA